GCGUCUGGUAUCCUAGCAACGACACGAACUCUUGGAAACCGCCCCUUUCUUAUCCCUCCUACCCACAACCGCCCAAUUUGCUGCCAGCAAAGUCUUUCCACACCCCCACAAACUCCAAACCCUUCAUCCCUAUUUACUUGUCUUCGACUACAUCCCUAACAAGUUGUUCUGAGUCAACCAACCCCUUUCCACUGUCUCCCAAGUCUAGGAUUCUCUCUCGCCUGCCAUUCUCGGUUUGGCCAUCCUUAAGAACAGUCCAUCCUUAGGAACUUCUCCGCUCUUCUUCGUUCCUCUCUCGCCUCAAGCUAGCAGCUGUCUAUUUUACAUCAUGCCUGGGGCUAAACUUGCCCAGAGUCCAGAGGAAAAGGAUGUCUACAUUACUGAGGCCCUUAUUACUGAGCGGAACUUGACCUACCCUGAGGAUGAAGAUCUGUCAGAGAAGAUGUUUCACACCCUUGCUGAGCUGCAGAUUGUCCGCCUGGACCGGGAGGGGAUUACCACUAUCAAGAACUUAGAGAGUCUCCAGAAUCUUCACAGUCUUUAUCUACAAGCGAAUAAGAUCCAGCGAAUUGAGAACCUGGCUUGCAUCCCUUCCUUGCGUUUCCUGUCUCUAGCAGGAAAUAGAAUCAGGCACGUGGAAAACCUCCUCAACCUCCCAUACCUCCAGUUUCUGGACCUCUCUGAGAACCUGAUAGAAACGCUGAAGCCAGAUGAGCUUCCCCAGAGCCUCCUCAUCCUCAACCUGACUGGCAACAGCUGCACCAAGCAGAAGUGCUACAGGGAGAUGGUGCUAGGAGCCCUGCCACUGCUCCUGGACCUGGAUGGGCAGCCUGUGUCGGAGCGCUGGGCCUCAGAUGAGGAGGACAAAGCCUCUGAUGGUGACGAUGAGUUCCCGGAGCUGGGUGGCCCAUUCUGUUCAGAGCGAGGCUUCCUCAAGGAGCUGGAGCAGCUGAGCAGACACCAGGAGCGCAGGCAGCAGGAGGCCUUGGCAGAGCACCUUCUGAGGAUGGAGAUCCAGCCCACCCUUACUGAGCUGCCCGAGGCUGGGGAGAGCAGCCCUUCUGUCACUCCAGAGCAAGGAAAGGAGUCACCCCCUGAGGCUGCCUCUUCACUCCAAGCCUCAUCUCCCACCAAGAAACCAUGCACUCUGGUUCCCAGGGCCCAGCCAAGCUCUGUCCAGGCAAGGAAGGGGGCCCCAGCAGCAGCAGCCCCCAAAGCCUCUCUGGUUGGGUCCCUUAGCACAACCAAAACUGCAACCAAAAAUACCAAGAAGUGACGUGUGACCUCCCUAUGUGAGCUUCCUCUUGUCCUCUCGCCCCUCACCUGUGGCAGGAGCCCCUCCCUGGUAAACUGUCUCUAGGCUUUUCAUGUCACUUGGCGGCACCUCAGGGGAAGGAACCAGUAAAUAAAAUAGCAACCUAAUUCUAAAACACUAA